UGCUGUUCUGUGACACAUUUCCCAUAUUGCUGCUACUGCUGCCAUUUUGUGCCCCCAUCCUCUCCCCCCCCAUACGCCUGCUUCAUGAGUACAGCCUACAAGAUUAAAUGGGUCCAGUAACAGGAAUGACUCCGGAUAAGAAAGCUGAAACACCAGUAGAGAAAGCAGCAGGUCUAAGGCAUAUCCAAAGAAUGGGAAGCUUGCCGGAGGCAGGUGAUGCUGCUCGACCAAAGGCCACAGCUGUGGAUAGUGAAGUUGCGGACGAUGAGCUCACCAACUUGAACUGGCUGCAUGAAAACAGUAAUCUCCUAACGAACUUCAGCCUGGGAAGUGAAGGUCUUCCAGUUGUUAGUCCUCUGUAUGAUAUUGAGGGGGAUAAUGUGCCAACAUAUUCAUCCUCCUGCUAUUCUAAUCCCAAGAAGAAAUCUGCCACAUCUAAGCCCCCAUAUUCUUUUAGCCUUCUUAUAUACAUGGCAAUUGAACAUUCGCCUAAUAAAAGCCUCCCAGUGAAAGAAAUUUACAGCUGGAUUCUGGAACGCUUCCCAUACUUUGCUACGGCUCCCACUGGCUGGAAGAACUCCGUCCGGCAUAAUCUUUCUCUGAAUAAGUGUUUCCGAAAGGUGGAGAGAAGCCAUGGCAAGGUGAACGGAAAAGGUUCAUUGUGGUGUGUUGAUCCAGAAUACAAACCAAACCUUGUACAGGCUCUGAAGAAGCAACCAUUUCCCUCCACAUUUGCAUUUUAUACCCCACCAGCAUCACCACUAAGUGGUUCAUCAUCUCCUUGCUAUUUAACCUCAGUUCGGAAACAAUGUCAGGGACGAUCUAUCAAAGAUUCAGAUAUCGAUGCUGCUACUGCCAUGAUGCUCUUGAAUACUUCCAUUGAACAAGACAUUUUAGAUUGUGAAAAGCCACCAUCCCUCAAGCUCUCCAAGAAAAGGAAAUAUGGUAGCACAUUCCAUAACCACACCCAAGAAGAGAGUGAUCCAGCAGUCCCUAACAUUGACCCCAAGGAGGACCACAAUUACAGCGCCAGCAGUGUGGCUGCACAGCGUUGUGCAUCGCUCUCUAGCAUGUCUUCCCUGUCCUCUGUCGAUGAUGUAUACAAAUUUGUCUCAGAGGCCACCCGGACAGGGAGUGACGGCAGUGAAGGAUUUCAGAGUGAAGUGGACACAGAUGACAAUGAAGAUGACGAUGACUCUCUGGCAGACAGUGGUUAUACCUCACAGCCAUGUGUCAGUAUCACAGAUGAGGCCCAGCCUCAUCAGAAGGUCCUGGAGGAACUCUGCCAAGAAAUUGAUGACGAACUCAAAGAGGCGGCUGGGUCUCUUCUUCAUCUUGCUGGGAUCAGCACUUGUCUUGGCUCACUAAUAAGUACUGCUAAGAGCCAUACCCAGAAGAGAAGGAAAAAAAAUGAUAACACAGUGUGAAGAUAAUUGAUCUAUCUGUCUAUCUAUCAAUAUCUAUAUACAUGUUUUAUUUUUUAGGCUGGCAAUAUUCCUCCUUUUACCCUUUGCAAGGGAGAUCAAAGCCAUAAAAGGACUUUUUGUUUGUUCUUAAUUUUUGCAGAUUAUAAUUUUGCCAUUUAUAAAAUUUUGUUUUUAUUUUUAAUGAUAAGAGCAAUUAAUUUGUGCAUUGAAGGGCCAACGGAAAUUGUGUGAAACGGAUGAGGAAGUUUCAAUAAUUGUAAGGAAAUGGAAUAUUAUUAUCAUUAUCAAUGAUUGAUUCACAUGGAUAUCAUUGGCUGGGUCAUUUUGUGCUAAAGGUGUGUGGCAUUUAGGAUGAAAACAGAAAAUUGGAGGAAUCAAUUGACCUAUUCACAAAGGAUUCUUUUUAAAAAAAUGUGUAUAUUGUGGAGAAGAGAAUUGCUUGCCAUUUUCCAAUAUGCCUCUUCAGUUUUUAGGCCUACCAGAUUUUUGUAUGUUGUACUUUUGAAUAAGAGGCUAGGUGCAAAGAAUUGGAUCACACUAAGGAAAAGAUCUCUGUCUUUCUAGUUCUGAAGAUCAGAUACUGAGUGAAUGAAAUAUAUUUCAUUUAUGCAAAAGAGGUGUAAAUUAUAUGAUUCUUAGCCCUCAGAAUGAGGGGAUAAAAAUUAAGCAAACAAUACAUAUAUAUGCCUAAUUCCCAGUUGGUGCUUGAAUCUGGUAGUCCUAAAAGUAUAGAGGUCCAUCUGAAAUUGGGCAACUAAGCCCCCAUUUCUUAUUGCUUAUGGGGUCCACAGUGUCUCCAUUUUUUUUAGCAAUAUAGAAUGCAAAGCAAGACAGUAGACAUGUUUUUAUAGCCUUUAGCUCUAGCUUCCAUUGUUAACUGAUUUCCUCAACUUACAAGCCAAGAGUCUGUGAUUACAUGAAUGGUAUAAAACUGCCAUGAUAAUCAGUUGCAGGUUGACUGGUGUUUGCAAUUAUAAAAUUGAUGGGUAGGGGAGAGAUACAACAUGUGAAUCUUCCUGUUUUUGAGAGUGGGAUCUUGAAUGGGUAAUUAGAAUUUUCUUCUUAUUUUUAACACAAGGGAAGGAGCUGGUUCUUUCCCUUGUGUUUGUGUUAAUUGUAAUUAUUAUAUAUUGGAUCAAUGGUAUAUACAUCUGUUUGCAAAUCCAAGGCCCUUCUUUCUGUCUUGAUAUCUAAAUUAUGUGCAAAAAAGAGUGAUUGCUCAAUUGCAAAUGACCAUUGCACAGAGAACUUCAAUUUUGUUUAGGUUAAGGUCGCUGAUACUUGACUAGUUCUUCAUAAGCUAAGAGUUGUCUUGGAGGGCUCUAGCACAUCACCUCACAAACCAUAAUGGAAUUAUAUUCCAUAUGCAACAGAAAUAAGUGCAUUGAAAAGUCAUUGCUGGCUGAACAAUUGUAGACUAAUCCUCUCCCCAAUUCUUUAUGAGUAAAGCUUUUAAAAAUUAUAAUGGGAUGAUCAUGAGAGAUUCUUCUUCGUUUUUUUGCAGCAGUAAAGUUCAGCUAUGUAUCACCUGAGUGAGAACAAGGGCUUUCAGUGGCAGCUCUCUAACAGACUACUUCCUAGCCUACCCUGCAGUUUUCAGUUUUGCUUUGAUUUAACCCAGCAUUCCUAAAAACAACAGAGGAAGCUUAGAGAUAGAUACUGUCCACUCCUGGCAGCCUCCAUUUUUCUUGGAGAUGGGAUGGAUUUUGUUUAUGUUUUAUAUCUAUUAUUUCAGCAAUAAUAUAAUCUCCCAUGUUGAAUUCUGAGAUAAGUCCAGAUGCAGCAUGACAGUUGCACAGAACAUAAUAUUUACAAUGCCUGGACCAUGUAACGUGAGAAUUACCUGUUUCUGUGCACUGUAUUGGGGAAUUCAAAUUCUGGAAGUGAAUCCAGAUGUCAUUUAUUUGUGUAUCCCAGCUGUCUAAAAUUGUGGACUUCUGUCUCUCCUGGGCAUUUAUUCAGAAACAGUUGUGCAUCUUCUCAAUUCUGGAGGCCAUAAGAGAGGACAUAGGGCUACUAACACUGCUGUGUUGAUUGGAUGCUAAUACACAGUUGGAAUAGGGGCAGUUAUUUGCCCUAUGGGAUAGUUAGUCUGAAGUACAGGGCCAAACUGUAUCAUCUUUUUUUUUUGUUACCAUCAGCCAUAUUGAUGGGUUUGGAGUCAUGUGGCAGGCGUUUCUGGUUGGAACAAACAGCACUGAAAACAAUGAGCUUAACUCAGAAAAACAGGACGCUCCAAGCUGGCACAACCGUCUUUGGCUGCAAUCCAUUAAUGCAAUUCCAUUACUUUUCAGUGGUCACUUGCGAAAAAAAUGUUUGCAUGCUACAGGCUGGGGCUGUUGUGUUCUGUGAAUGUCUUGAAUGUUGCAUAAUGAUCAAAGCAUAACUUGUUUGGAAAGCAGCUUGACAAAUGGCAUUUCAUCCGCACAUUUUUUAUGCUUUGAGAAUGAAAGGGAAGAGAGUCCAUUAGUGGCCCUUUAAGCAAAUCUGCCUGUUAUCUCUCUCUGCAUUUUGCAUUCUUGUGAGUUGUACAUUACAUUUCUACUGAUGACAUAGAGCUGCUUUGACAAAAGUGUCAAAGGUGUAAAUGUCUGGGACUUAACUUCACUGCCUGUUCUUGCAUACUGUCUCUUUAUAUCUGCUAAAAACUCUCUCUCUGUAAUUUUUGUUCAGUGUUCUGUAGGAGUUCAAUGCCUUAGCCAGGUUCCAGUGAUCCUAACUGGACUGAUUAUAAGAGCUCCAGAACUAAGAGGAGCGAUUCCCCCCUUGAGGUUUCUUGCAGGCUUGUGUAGAGUUUUAGAUUCAAAGGCAAAAUGGUCCUUUAGAGCUUAUGGGGAAAAUAACUUAGCACCUAUCUACAAUCCCUUAAAUCACACUUAUCAUUUCCUGAGAUUUCCCAGCAACUGACAGGUAUUUUGAGCUAGGAAAAAAAAGCAGAGAGAUGUAGUGUUCAUACCCCAUAUGCUGCAAUGUGCUUUUUUGCCUUAGAAUGCAAAGCACUGCACAGCCCUACUUUGUUGAAUGCUGCUACUGUUACAGCUUCCCUUAAUUUGGCAACAUCCAGCUGUAGUGUAACUGCAAGUCACAGAAUUCCCAUGAACAAUGGAAAUUUUGAGAUUUGCAGUCCCAGCACACCCAGGACAGUGCUAUUAGAAUAAUAUCAGCAGAGAUUCUCCUGGUGUAGGCCUUAAGUUUGUAAGAAAUUAUGUAGUUUUUAGUAUUUCAGAAUAAUUUUUUUGUUAAAAUGAUAGCAACCUAUAAGUGAGUCAAGCUUGUAAUCACAUUGUUAUUUUAUAGACAGAAACAAAAAUCUAAUGCAUGGAUGUUUGCACGCUCACCUGUUUGUAGACAACUUUCUUUGAUGUCAAGUUUAAACACAAAUGGUGCUCAUUCUGUAUAUUGCCUGCUUCAGCUCUUCAAUCCAGAAAUUCUCAUGGAUUGGUGAAAAACUGCCUGCUUGCCAGAAUCGCUUUUGAAAUAACCUGCUGAUUAGGUUUUGCUAAGGAAGGAGUUACGUAGGGGUCUACUUCCAACUCUGAUAGAUUUUGUAUAACUUCCUGUUUUUUAAUUUCAUUAAUCAAUAAUGCGAGUUCCACCACAGCAUAGCAAUUGAGAAUUGGAAAAAGACCUAUGGAUUAAAAGUUGCUUUCAAUAUAUUGCUUUUAUUUGCUGUCAAAUAAUAUUUGCCCCUCUUUGAAUAGGGUCUUCCAUUGUAUGACUGCUACAAAAAAUAACUCACAGUGUUAUUAGGUUUUACUUUUGUAAGAGAUAGCAUGUGGAAGUCUAGAAUGCCCUGCAAACAUGCUAAGUCAGGGUUAUUUAAGACUCUUUGAGAAGAGUCUUAAAUAACUGCUUGAGAAGUAUGAUAUUUUCUGCCAAAAGGUACCUAAGUUAAAUAAAAGAAGCAGUCAGUAAAUAGAAAGUGAAAUACUGUAUAAUUGCUUAGUAAUUAGGUCGUUACUGGGUAGAAU